UUUUUUUUCUCUCUUUUCUUGUCGUUUCUCGACCAAGGUUUUUCCGCUUUUCUCAUCUUGUUGUGAAGCGCACCUUCGACAAUACCGCCGCGCGCGCGCACCAGCAACGAUGUCGCACCCAGACACGCAGCCGCUUUCGUCGUCGUACGCAUCCGGGUCGAGCGUGGGAUCGCCCAGCAACGCCUAUAGCUCGGUGGGGCGGGCCGCAUCCAUGAACGGCUCAAACCGCGGCAGCGGCAUGUGGCCAGCGAGAUCCUCGUCAUCAUCCUUUGUCUACUCGGAGGACAGCGGCCGCUACCCGGCCAGCGGCGGCUCCAACGUCUCCUUCUACCAAGACGGGUCGCGGGUGGCCACCUCGUCGUCGUACGGCUCGUUUGGCCCUCGGAGCGGAAGCGAUCAGGCCGCUGCGCUCCUCAUCCAUCCACCGACAGCAGAGUCUGCACCGCCGCCGUACUCGCCAGCAGCCGGCUUUGCGCCCAUUGUUAUUUCAAGCAAUACCCCAACCAUCCACCAGUAUGAAGACGGAUCCUCCAGGUGUUGCGAGCGCUUUGUCCGAUUUCUGCUUGCGCCGCUGCACUACCAUACAUGGAUGGUCGUGUUUGUGAUUCUCCUCGCGAGUCUGCCAUUCACGCUCGUGGCAUCCGUGUGGUGUCUGGUCACGCUAGUUCUAAUGGUGCCUCUGUUGUGCAUUUUCCCCAUCGGAGCUCCGGCGGUCACAAUGCUUGGAUACAGCUGGCGUGCACUGGGGAGAAUGGCCACCCAGCUCGAGCUCUUCUUGUACGAGAAAGCCGGUGGACGCACGCAACUUUCGCGUGUGCAAGCGCAUCUUCCCACGGUGGAAGUCCGCUCCACCGCCGAUGGUCGAAACUGCUGGGUUGACUCUUUCCGCUCGUUCAAGUCCGUGCUUGGCAAUCGCGUCACUUGGGCUAGCGUCAUGUACCUUGCUUUUCUCCGGACUUUGGCAGUGCUGGUUACUGUCUUGGCGGUCGUAGUGUGUGUGAUGGUGCCGCUCGCGCUCAUCUUCAACUUUGCAGUGAUUCUGGUCUGCGACGACGACGCAUGCUGGAACGCCCUCCGGCCAUCCGAAUGGGGCGGCAUGGAGGACCACCGCUGGAUUUUCACCGAGCUUCGAGGGUCGGCCGUGACUGCGCCGGUCGGCCUCGUUCUGCUCAUCAUUCUGACCAAUCUGCUGCUCGUGAUUGUUCGUGGCUUUGCGCGCAUUGCCUUUUCACUGCUUGUCUCGCCGACAGAAGAGUCGGUGCUGCUCUUGUCGGCAACGCAGGCUCCGCUUCCCGCGUUUUCUUAAAAGCAAAAUUUCAGUGCUGGUUGAUUGUGUUUCGUUUUCUUUUUCCGCUGCUUCUUCUUCUUCUCCUCUUCCUUUCUCGCUUGUUAUUUUUCCUCGGCAAAGCGACUGCGUCUGUUUGCGUGAUUCCUGUAAAUUGGUUUUUUUGAUGUUGUGAAUAUGCAAACGUGCCAUGUUCAAAACAAGAAGUUAGUCAUUCUCCUUU